UCUCUGAAGCAACACAGUGUGGAAAUAUUGAAAUGGGACGCAGUCUUCAAUUCUGUCGAUGAACAGUGUACGAUUAUUUGAAAAAUAUAAGACAUUCUCAAAUUUUCCAUAAUCUAUACUUUAUCGUGAACGUAAUAAUGGUGCAUAGAAAAAGUUUGUGUGGGACGCACUAGUGAAAAAUAGCACUGCAAAAUAUUAAAAUGAUUUCAAAGGCAGCCAAGAUACACCAAGAGCGAAAGAUCUUGCAAUGGGCAGACUGUAGAAGUAGACGGAACGUGACACGUGUCUGCACGCAUUCACACGCAUGGUACGCCACUCACGUAAUCACGCAACCACUUUCCACAUGCGUACUCUUCAUGGUUUAAACGUUCCAUAUGCGAAGUUGCAGAGAAAGAUGAAAUAUCAUCAGACAGAAUAAAGGAAACGUGAUCGAGGGAGACUGAAAAUUGAAGGAGGCAGUAAAAGGCAUGCUGGAGCGUCGGGCCCCGAAGGUGUUCAGGAGUGGGGUCCAGGGCAAGGAAGUAGCACAGUGGGGCCGGUAGAAGAGGAGAAAUUCAGUAGAGCUCACACUACGGUACGGAGUGAGGUGAAGGGACGUGAAUCAUGGGAGCGUAGAAGGUCGCGCGGUGAGGGAAAGGAAUUAUUCUAGUAGCGGGCCCAAGCUUGGGCCCAACGGCCCACCGGCCUACCGGAUCAGUCCUCGGAGAACCGUGCCAGCUAGCGGAGCCGGGAAAUCUUUUUGUAACCGACGCGCGCGCGGGUUCGUGUUCGCGUUUUUAAAAGUGGAAAUCCGAAGAGUCUCAGUUCGAGCGAAUUUACAGUGUACCUGCGUGUAGGAUUUAGGCCCAACAACAGUGGGCCUCGUGAGAGGAUUACCAUUUGGAUUAUAGAACAACGUGGGAGACUGGCAUAUCCCUUUUCGUGAUAAUAACGGAUGAAGUGGAAGUGUGUGAAGACCUGAAUAAGGUCCCAGUGAUGAGCGAUGUGAGAUAACGAUUAUUAAGGGCCUUAGGACCCCCUUAAUUUCCUAUCCUCCUUGAAAUACCUUUAUUUAAAUAGCUGUUUAAUAAUUAAAUAACUUGUGAUCAGUGCAAAACAGUGACGAUACGUGCAUGGGACUAUAAAGUGUGCAAAGAUGCAGGGCAGCCCUGCCUUCUUCGCCAUAUUGCUCGGGACGAUAUUCGGGGUCCUUGGGGCCUCUCUAAGUAAGGCCCUUAGAUACAAAGCACCGGACGAGUGCAAGUGGGUAUCGACUGGUGAUGCAGAGGACGACGUAUCUCUAGUCUGUCGACUUAGAACGAUCAACAGCGAGUUGGAGAACACCAAUUUCAGCGUCAUCCAACCUCAACACACAGUUCGAUUACGUUUGGAAUGCAGCGACGCACUCUUGUAUCAGAGUUCUCUAAGUGCCGGAAGCUUUCGGCCUCUCGUUGAGUUACGUGAACUCAUUAUAGAGUACUGUAAAAUCGGCAAUCUGUCCGACGAUGCCUUCAAGGGUCUUAAGGAACUUCGAAACCUCACCGUGCGCACGCACAACACCGAUUGGUCCUCCAUGGCACUCGACGUAUCCUCGAGAGCCUUCACCGAGGAACUCUCACAACUCGAGAGACUCGAUCUCGGCAAGAACAAUAUGUGGACACUUCCGGAGGGUGUAUUAUGUCCAUUGAUAAAUCUUGAAGUACUUAAUCUAACGAGAAAUCGUCUGAGAGAGGUGAACAGCUUCAGAUUUAAUGCCGAAGCGAGAUGUGCCGCUGGACUUCGCGAACUUGACCUCAGUAAUAAUAGUGUCGAGUCACUGCCUACGGCUGCAUUUUCUGGCUUGACCAGAUUACACACUUUAGACAUUCGUGGCAACGCCAUUACCUUCAUCGCCGACAGAGCAUUCGAGGCUCUCAGUUCCCUCGCCGUGUUACGAUUAUCCGAUAACCGUUUGGCUAGUCUACCACCUGAACUUUUUAGCGAGUCCAGGAGCAUACAAGAGAUUCAUCUCAGGAAUAAUAGUUUGAACGUUUUGCCUCCUGGUCUGUUUAGUGAACUAUCGCAGUUGCUUGUACUGGACUUGUCGAAAAAUGAAUUGACUGCCGAAUGGGUGAAUGCUGCUACGUUCACCGGUUUGGUACGGCUGGUCGUUCUAGAUCUGUCCAGCAAUCGAAUUGGCAGAUUGGAGCCAGCUGUCUUCAGGGAUCUUUACAGUCUACAAAUUUUGCGUCUACAAGGAAACUUACUGGACAAUCUACCUGAGAACACGUUCUCGGCACUUUACAAUCUUCAUACCCUUGUGCUCAGUGAUAAUCGAUUGACUGUAAUCGAUGCCGCUACCUUGAGUGGACUCUACGUAUUGAGUUUACUCUCUCUCGACAAUAACCGACUGAAUAGCCUCCAUCCCAAUUCACUGAAGAACGCCUCGUCUCUUCAGGAUCUUCAUUUGAACGGAAAUCGACUUACUUCAAUACCGGAAGCGCUAAAGGCUACUCCAUUACUGCGUACGUUAGAUCUCGGGGAGAAUCUCAUCACAGAAAUACCGCAUGGCACGUUUGAUCACGUACCUCAAAUGUACGGGUUACGAUUAACAGAGAAUCAUAUUGGUAAUCUGACUAAGGGCAUCUUUGACAAGAUCGUCGAUCUGAAGAUACUGAAUCUUUCGAGGAACCGGAUACAAUAUGUAGAGCCAUUCACCUUCGAUUCUAACGUAAAUCUCCAAGCAAUCCGAUUAGAUGGUAAUCAAUUGACAGAAAUUACCGAAUUAUUCAGUAGGCUGCCAAAUCUAGUCUGGCUGAAUGUCAGUGAUAACAAACUAAAAUGGUUCGAUUACGCAAUGAUACCGACUGGACUUCAGUGGCUGGAUAUACAUUCGAACGAGAUCAGUGAACUCGGUAACUACUUUGAAAUCGAGUCGCAGCUUCAACUUGGUACGUUCGAUGCGAGUGAUAAUAAACUCACGGAAAUAACCGGAAGUGCUAUACCUAUGAGUGUUGAACUGUUAUAUUUGAAUGACAACUUAAUAUCUAAAGUACAGAGCUAUGCGUUCUUCAAGAAGCCAAAUUUAACUCGUGUCGAUUUGAAGGGAAACCGUAUACGGAAUCUUGAGCCGUAUUCCUUGAGGAUCAGCGCAGUACCGCCACAAAAACCGCUUCCGGAGUUUUAUAUCGGCGAAAAUCAAUAUCUCUGCGACUGCACGAUGGAAUGGCUGCAAAGUGUCAAUAGACGUUCGCAAAAUAGAAUACAGCCAAAAGUAAUGGACUUGGAAAGUAUUUACUGCAAAUUACUUUACGAUCGAGAACGUGUUUUCAUACCAUUGGUAGAAGCUUCGCACUCCCAAUUUCUCUGCAAGUACGAGGCACACUGCUUUGCCCUAUGUCAUUGCUGUGACUUCGAUGCGUGUGAUUGUGAAAUGACGUGCCCUUCAAACUGUACCUGCUACCAUGAUCAAUCGUGGUCCGCAAAUGUUGUGGAUUGCUCCAUCGGUGGACACAUUGGUAAAUUACCCGAACAAAUUCCAAUGGACGCUACCAAAUUAUACCUGGAUGGGAAUGACCUAAAAUCUGUUUCUAGUCAUGCUUUCAUUGGACGUAAAAGACUCAAAAUGUUAUUUUUGAAUGCUUCCAACAUAGAGACUGUGCAAAAUCGUUCGUUCAACGGUCUACGUGACUUGGAAGAUCUUCAUCUUCAAGAUAAUAGAAUUCGUGAACUUCGCGGCCACGAAUUCGAAGGACUCGAUGCACUGAAGACCCUUUAUCUGCAGCGCAACAAACUCAGUGUCAUUGCGAAUAGCACCUUCACGCCGCUGAGAUCACUCGAAGUACUGCGACUGGACUCGAAUCAUCUCUCGAUAGUAUCAGUGUGGUUGUUACCGCGCAGAAUAGACGUGAGCUUGUCCGAUAAUCCUUGGUCAUGCGAAUGUGACUAUUUACAGAUGUAUCGCGAGUGGGUGCUCAGUGGUGUAACCAAAAUAACUGACACCACCGAACUUCGAUGUGUCUUUAACAUAACGGAAUUCGAGGCAUACGGAGACGAAGUGUUCAACGACGAUGAGUUUGGUUUCUCCAUUACUGCAUAUAGUACGACGAGUAACAAUACGGUUUGCCGUGGCUUAGCCAGUAUCGAGAAUAGUAUCCAUGGAAACCUAACCAAAACCAUAAUCGAACGUCAAGCACUGCAGGAUUAUUUACCACUUCUGUUAGCUACGUUAGCCGCAUUCCUAAUCGCAAUGCUGCUGUGCACGUUAGCAUUUAUAUUCCGUCAGGAACUUCGUGUUUGGUUCCACUCGCGUUUUGGUGUUCGAAUUUUCUACAGAAACACGGAAGCCGAUCGUGAUGAUCGUGAUAAACUUUUUGACGCUUUUGUCAGUUAUAGCUCGAAGGACGAAGCGUUUGUGGCCGAAGAAUUAGCACCCGUCCUGGAAAUGGGAAAUCCGUCUUACAAACUGUGUCUACACUAUCGUGAUUUUCCAGUGGGAAGUUUUAUAGCCGACACUAUCGUCCAAGCCGUAGAAUCGUCCCGUAGGACGAUAAUGGUGCUUUCGGAGAAUUUCAUCAAAUCCGAAUGGUGCAGAUUUGAGUUUAAGUCGGCGCAUCAUCAAGUUCUUAGGGAUCGUAGACGUCGUUUGAUCCUGGUGCUGGUGGGUGAUGUGCCACAAAGGGACUUGGAUCCUGAUAUAAGACUUUACCUCAAGACAAAUACGUAUCUACAGUGGGGCGAUAAGUUGUUUUGGGAAAAAUUACGAUUCGCAUUACCUGACGUGCCGAAUAAUCAACGUACUACGCAGAGGAGACAACCACCGCCAGUCCGACGGCAGCACAACAACAGGACGUCAAAUGGACCGCGUACGGUUGCUGUUCACAUAUAGAAAGUGAUAUACAUAGCGUGUUAAGUGAAAAGUUAAUGUGUAGUUACUACUACACGAUGGAAUAUGGUGAAAGUGUGAAUUUCCUCGUCUGGAUCAAAAAAAAGAAAUAUGUGAAGGCUGAUUAAAGGAAUUAAAACGAUUCUCUUGUUAACCGUGCAAUAAGCGAACCAGUGUAUAUAGACAAGAGUGAUACUCGUAAAUACUCAUGGAUCGUUAAUAAACGAUAUAUAUAAACAAUAAAAUAUUAAAAAAUUAUAAAAUCGUGCAUGGCACGUUAACAGGUACAUGUAAAUAUAUUUGAGUAGAUACUUAGAGCGAAUAACUGAAAAGCGUAAUCCUUUGAACAUUUUUUUCUUACGCUUACGAAAAGAGUUGGAAAAAGGAUAUUUUGAAUUUUUAUGUACAUUUGCGAGCGAGGAAAAGAUAGUUUCUCGAAGUAGAUAGACUAAAUCGUUGUAAAUAAUUUGUACACUGAGAUUUCAUGUCGGUGGGCAUCGCCUUCGCUACCCGCAAGAAAUCAUCCACUUAUAUAUUUUUUCUUAAUUUUCGUUCUCUUAAAAUCGUCCUUUCUCAAGAACCUAUAGAGUUUUAAUUUCUCACGAUCAUGCCUGGUCAGACAUUCAUCAACCUUUUUCAUUCGGUUUAUUUUUUUUUCGGACGAAUCGACAGAAUGCAAUUAACUGUUUAAAUGGUUAAUCGUUUUUAUAGCCAUUUCAAUUCAAAAUAAUAAUUGUUAUAUCUUAUUUUUCAUUUUUGGUGUGUUUUUAAGAAAUAUGCACUUUUUACUGAGAGGUCGAUUAUAUGCAUGUUCGUGAAAGAGAUUUAUGGUUCAAAGUGCUCGAUCAGGAUAAUUUGUCGAGGACAAGUCAAAAUUGAAAACCUACCACAAGAACUGCCUUGUAUGCAGCUUCCGGUGAGUCUGUGUACUCACAGUGAUAUCAUUUCCUUAAUACUUUGACAUGCGCUAUAUCGUACUGUAUUUAUUCAGAGGCGAUUCGAAAAAUACUAAAAGAAAUGCUCAUAUUUUUGAGCGCGUUCAAACCAUGAAUGAUAUAAAUCAAUCUUGUCUAUUGUCUCUAUACUUCCCUUUAUUUUUGUAAAGUAGCGCAUUAAUAUUUUAUUUAUUUCGCACGAAACGUUCAAAGACUUUAUACGAGAUUACUACCGAACGAUUUUUAUUACAAAAUUUGUACUGCCAUUCUUUUCCAUUGUUUUUAAGCCUGUCACGUUAUAACUUAUAUUCACGAACGACUCUACAAAAACUACACUAUUAUAUGGUUUCAUACAAAUUUGUACAAAACGUAUAAAACAUCGUUCUAAAAUUAUCAUUAUAUUUCGAAUAAAGUCUUUACUCGAAUUCGAUAGUCCUUUUCAUCUUAUUCAGAUUUUUUAACAAAUUUCAUAUGAAAUAUAUUUUUACUUUGUCAUGACUGUUGCAAAAUUUUAAGAAUAGGACUGUCGAAUUCGAUUAUAAAAAAGUAAAGGACGCUCAUAUGAAUCCCUGAUCGACGGUGGCGGCGUGACGAAUUUCCGUGAAGUUUUACGUAACGCAACGCGCACCGCCGCUUCGUCUUAUGUAUGUAUAGGUAUACGUAUUCAAAGAAAAUUAUUUUGCAUAUUUUUCCGGCGAUCAGGGAAAGCUCUAAUUAUAAUGCAAAGAAAGCCCAACCUAUGACUGAUGAAUAAAAUUCUGUUUCUAUGUUCUUAAA